CCCGGUCUCUGCCUGGUUUUUCUUGCUCCCCCGCAUCCGAGGCCAAUUUUUUCAGGGGCCCGAUCUCUGUCUCAUCUUGUUUCGCCCUUUCUUGCCUAGUCGCACCAGGUAGUACGGAGUACUCGGAGGACGGAGACUAGGAUUGAGCCCAUUUCUGUCCCUCCCUGUGGUCGCUCAUUUUAGCACAUGCAUGCUGGCUCGUUUCUGCGUCGCCGCCUCGCUCAUUCCUCGGCCAACUCUUUUCAUUCCACGCCGUUUCAACUGCACCGAUUUCGUGGUGCACAGAUAUCCUUCCCAUCGUUUCCAAGGUCAAGCUCCUUAACCUCGUCUUAUCCGCCUCGCCGGUCCCUCUCCACUUUUCCAUCGUCGUCACCCAACGAACCGAGGAAAGCCUCUUCCUUCUGGACAGUCACGUUCGCCCUCGUCCUACUUUGUGGAGGUACCUGGAUACACGAUAAAUACCGCAAUUCCGCGAACAACCCGCCGCUUCCGCCGCACGAUCAAGAUAACCAGGAAUUAUCACCCUUCCUUGGAGUAAUCGAUACUCUUCAAACCAUGCCUGCCGAAGCCGCCCCCGGAACUGUAGGCAACCUUACGCCCGAACAGGAGGCCAAGCUGCAAGAGUUUUGGGUGUUGUUGUUGAAGGUUUGCGGUGUCAGCCUGGAGGACGUUGAGCAAUCCGGAGAUGCUACUCCCACAAGCGCAUCGCAGAAGAAAGAACAGCAGCCGCAACAACCCAAGCGGAGGUUCGGACUUUUCGGUGGUGGAAAAAGCAGUGAAGACGACGAUGCCGCUAGCGUGAAGUCGGCGAAUGGGAUCUCAUCCGGCCUUGCUUCUAUCAACAUUACCGAUGGGGACGACAAAUAUGGACAAUCUAAGGAAUUCCAGCAGGCCCUUGUUGAUAUGAAGCCCGAAGAAAUCCGCGCUACUCUCUGGAACAUGGUUAAGCAAGAUAACCCGGACACUUUGCUCCUGCGCUUCCUGCGAGCACGAAAGUGGGAUGUCAAGAAAGCGCUCAUCAUGCUGGUCUCUACGAUCCGGUGGCGAUUGCAGGAGGUCAAAGUGGACGAUGAUAUCAUGAAGAACGGUGAACAUCUCGCCUUGAAGCAGUCGCAGAGCUCGGAUCCCGCGGAGAAGAAAGCUGGCGAGGACUUCCUGCUGCAAAUGCGCCUUGGCAAAAGCUUCCUUCACGGCGUCGACAAGCUGGGUCGACCAAUCUGUGUCGUCAGGGUGCGCUUGCACAAGCCCUCCGACCAAAGCACAGAGGCCUUGGAUCGGUUCACCGUGUAUACCAUUGAGUCUGCUCGAAUGAUGCUCGCCCCUCCCGUUGAAACCGCUUGUGUCAUCUUUGAUAUGACCAAUUUCUCUCUGUCGAACAUGGAUUAUAACCCCGUCAAAUUCAUGAUCAAGUGUUUCGAGGCCAAUUACCCCGAGUGUCUCGGAGUGGUGCUCAUCCACAAAGCCCCUUGGCUCUUCUCAGGAAUCUGGAAUAUCAUCAAGGGCUGGCUUGACCCCGUUGUUGCCGCCAAGAUUAACUUCACCAAGAACGUCCAGGAUCUGGAGAAAUUCAUUCCCAAGGACCGCAUCAUGAAGGAGCUUGACGGUGAUGAGGACUGGGAAUAUAAGUACGUCGAGCCCCAGCCGGGCGAGAACAAGACCAUGGAAGACACGACAAAGCGAGAUGAGCUUCUCGCAGAAAGGCAGAAGCUCGCCCAAGAAGUCCAAGAUGCAACUAUUGCGUGGAUUUCGGCCAGCCAGAAGAAGGACGAUGGAGCCCUGAAGGCUGCUAAAGAGAACAGAAGCGGUCUCAUUGAGCGAUUGAGAGUUCAAUACUGGCAGCUCGACCCUUACAUCCGUUCUCGAUCGCUAUACGACCGCCUGCAUAUUCUCCAAGGCGAUGGCAAGAUUGAUUUUUAUCCUGCCGAGUCGAAAUAAACGGUACCCGCGAUAAUGCUUGCAUGAGUUCAAACAAGUUGGAUAUUUAGAUAGUUAGAGUUUUGUUUUGGUCUUCUUCCUUUUUUUUCUUUCUAUAUAACUCUCGCCGAUAGAGAAGUGUCUGUUUUAUCUAAUGUGAAAUAUAGCAUGUAUAUAAAGCAUCUCAUGAUGGACAAUGUGAUGACUCUGGGGAGUUGAUUUUUGGUCUCCUUGCUUCAUGAAUUCCUGGGUUUACCAUUGGGGUUACACAAAGCCCUAACCAGACCAACAAGACGUGAUUCAGUGGCCAUUGAGUUGCAGCCUAGCUACGAUGAACUGUUAAAG